AUGGCUGUGCGCCACCUGGGACAGCAAGUGCGCCAGGCGGUGGAUGCCCAAGGUGCUCUCAUCGACUCAGUGCAGCAGGCCGUGGGCGCUCAGACACAGCAGACGUACGAACUGCUUAUGGUACUUCACCAGCAGCAGCAAGUACAGGCCCGAGAGAUGGAAAUGAAUCAGCGUCUUAUGGCCGAGCUGGUGGACCAACGUGACUGCCAGCAGAUCUUGAUGGACCAGCUGUCGGCUCAACGAGCGACAGCCGAGCAUCAUACCCAAGGACUUCGGGCCUCAGCUGUGGCGUCCGUCCAGCAGUCCGACGCGUUGGAAGAAAUGCGCCGGCGUACCAGUGCCCGAUGGCAUGCUUUCACUGCUGCUCCGGCCCAAGUACCGGCGCCAGCGGCAGCACUCGGAAUCCAACUUGUUUACGGAUUCCAAGAAGUCCCGAAGGCUCCUGCAUUCAACGGGAGUACCAAGGUCCAGAAGCGCCGCUUUAUGGAUCUGUAUGAGGCUUACCGGCGUGAGAUUGCGCUGGCGAAUGCCCGACGGCCCGGAGGUCAACAAAUCAUGUUGAUGCCUCUCAGCGGCUGUAUUGACCCUCUGUCGGUUGAACGCAUUGCCUAUUGGAAGAUUGGCAAGGCGAGCCAUGGACUGAGGACGAUUGGCGAACCUACUUCCUGGGGGCACGUGAGUGUGACCCCGUGGACAUGA